AUGGCUACAGAAAUGGCAGCAGCCCCCGUGCUGUCAACCCCCGAUGAUCGUAUUCUCGAGGCUACAGAACCCAUCACUACACAAGAGGCACCGCGCACGCUGUCGGAUGAGGAGCUAUCAAUCACUUAUGAUAUUGACCGCACGUUGAAGGAGAUCCGAGAGGCUCGUUAUAGGCGAAUUGCUCUUCAGUUCCCCGAUGAUAUGCUUCCGGAUGCACCACGGGUGUUUCAAUUGCUUAGCCGCGGUUUAGACAAGCGCAACGCUACUGACGGCAAUGUUUCUCACACGCAGAAAGAUGGAGCGAGUACUACUGCAGAGUCGGAUGGCCUAGCGCAUUCGGUUUCUCAGCUCAAUAUCGCGGAUACUACGGAGACGUCGCCAAAAUUGUAUAUCUUAGCCGAUACGUCCUACGGGACUUGCUGCGUCGACGAGGUGGCUGCGGAGCAUGUCAAUGCAGAUGUCGUCGUGCACUAUGGCCGCUCAUGCCUAUCUCCAACGUCGAGACUACCGGUGAUCUACGUUUUCACACAUAAACCUCUUCCCAUCGACCCCGUCGUUCGCGCUUUCCAAGAGACCUACCCUGACCUUACCACAAAGGUCAUCCUCGCGGCUGACGUGACAUACACCGACCAUAUUCCUGCAGUGUACUCGCGACUUGUGAAUGAAGGUUACACCAACUUGUUUGCUACUGAUUUGGUCCACAACCCAUCAUCUGCGAUUCCCAAUCGAACAGUGCCGGACUCCGUUUGCGAGACUCCUGAUUCAUUAUCAGAAUGGCAGCUUUUCCACAUUUCAGACCCUCCUACGGCUCUCCUCAUGACGCUGGCGUCUCGCGUAGCUUCAAUUCACAUAUAUCCAACAGAUGACCUCCAAAACGAAAACGUCAAGCCUUUGCCUGCAUCGACCGCAAUCGCUUUGCGGCGUCGAUAUGCCACCUUGACCCGUCUCAGCACUGCACCAAUCUUCGGAAUCUUAGUCAACACGCUUAGUGUGAAGAACUAUCUACAUAUCGUAGAGCAUGUGAAGCAGAAAAUCGCGGAAGCUGGCAAGAAGAGCUAUAUGUUUGUGGUGGGGAAGUUGAACGCAGCCAAAGUGGCUAAUUUCAGUGAGAUCGAUGGUUGGGUGGUCAUCGGUUGCUGGGAGAGUUCCCUAGUUGACAGCAAAGAUUUCUGGAAGCCAGUGAUCACCCCAUUUGAGCUGGAGCUUGCUCUCCAGGGGGAUGCCGAGCGUAUCUGGACCGGAGCCUGGCAGAGUGACUUCCAGAGCGUUCUUAAUCAACCUAACCAGGAAGUCGAGGAGGAGACUCCAUUGUCGAAUGGUGCGACCGUUGAUGAGGAAGAGGAUAUGUCAGAAUCCGAAUCUGCACCACCUGAGUUCGAUUUGCGCACCGGUCGAUAUGUCUCGCACUCGAGGCCGAUGCGGAAUCCUGCACCCCGCGUUUCAGCUUCAGCACAGGAUGCGGCCUCAGCAGCUAGUGGGCCGUCUGCUGCUCGAGCACUGGCCAAACGGGCCAAAGGGGAUUUGGCUAUGAUCGGCGGGACCUUCUCUCCAGGGGCAGAAUUUCUUCGGUCGCAACGGACGUGGAAGGGGUUGGGGAGUGAUUUCGAUAUUCAAUAUGAAGAGGACGCCCCAGAUGAUACGCUGGUGGUGGAAGGGCGCAAGGGCAUUGCAAGGGGAUAUACAGUGGGCGAUUCAAUAGACCGGCACUAA